AUGAAUGAAGAACUAGAGGUAGAUGAAAAUGCUUAUGAUAUGCUCUUCAGUCCUUUAACCCCAUGGCCUUGUUUAUCAUUUGAUUAUAUUUUAGAACAAUCAAAACAUGAUGCAUUAUCAGAAGAAGAAAAAAAAAAAAAGAAAGAAAAUAUAGAUAACGGCAUAUUAAAUUAUCCCCUAGAAAUUUGCUGUGUUGCAGGUACACAAGCAAACAAAAGAGAAUUAAAUCAGAUUUAUGUAAUUAAAUGGUCGAAUUUAAAUAAGUUAAAAAAUGUAGAUGAUGAAGAAGGUUCUAGCGAUAAUUCUGAAGAUAAUGAUAGUAGUGAUUUUGAUGUUGAUAUAGAUGAUGAAAAUGAUAAUGAUAUAAAUGGUAAUAUAAAUAAUGAAAUAGAACAAAAAAAUAAUAAUAAUAAUAAUGACAAAUUAAAAGAAAAAGUAAAAAAAAAUAAAGAUACACACACAAAAAAAAAAAGCACUGUUAUAUGUAAAGCCAUUAAGCAUAAAUAUGGAUCUAUAAAUAGAACAAAAAUUUGUAAAAAAAUUAAUUCGCUAGUUGCUACUUGGUGUGAUGAUAGUAAUAUAUAUAUAUAUGACAUAUCUGAUGAAAUUAAAAAUUUAGAAGUUCGUCCAUUUAAUGAACAAAUUGAAAAAAAACCUUUACAUGUAUUUGAAAAACAUAUCACUGAAGGUUUUAGUUUAGACUGGAAUCCUGUACAUGCAGCACAAUUAUUAACAGGUGAUAAUAAUGGAAAUAUUUACUUAUGGCUACCUAAUAAUUCAGGUAAAUGGAAUUAUGAAUUAUUAAAUUUAAAAAAUAUAUAUACAACAAAUGAUAAUAAUAAUAAUAAUAAUAAAAAUAAAAAUAAUCAAAUAUAUAGCAUUGAAGAUAUUCAAUGGUCUAAAAAAGGAAAUGGAUUAGGAAAUGUUUUUGCAAUAUGUUCAUGUGAUAAAAGUAUUAGUAUUUUAGAUAUACGAAAUAUAAAUAAUAAUAGUACAAACAAAAAUAUACAUAUACCAAAUGCUCAUACAAAUGAUGUUAAUGUUAUUGCUUGGAAUGAAAAUACUGAAUUCUUAUUAGCUUCAGGAGGUGAUGAUAAUAUUAUAAAAGUUUGGGAUAUUAGAAAUUCGAACAAUGCUGUAGCUCAAUUAAUUUUUCAUAAACAACCUAUUUCUUCUAUCUCAUGGAAUUUUAAAGAUACCUAUGUAUUAUUAGCAUCAAGUCUAGAUAAUUCUAUUUCUAUAUGGGAUUUAUCAGUAGAAACGGAAUCAUUAGAAUUCGCUGAUUCCAAAUAUCCUGAUCAAUUGCUUUUUGAACAUUUAAACCAAAAAUUUAUUACAGACGCUAAAUUUCAUCCACAUUACCCAGGUCUCGUAGUAUCCACAUCCAGUGAAAAUUUUAACAUCUUUAAGCCAUGCAACAUAUGA